GCGUGCGGUACGGCUACAAAGUUUAGUCUUGAAAAAAAAAGAAAUAAUUUAAAGUGUUUUACGAAAUAAAAUUUUACUAAAGAAAUAAAAUAAAUUUGAAAAUAAAGUGUUUAAAUAAAUAAACAAAAUUAUUUUAAAAAGAUCUAAGUAAAUAGAAUUUUUAAACAAUAAUGGUGAAUUUUUGGAAUGCUUUAACACGCCGUAAAACUGAUGAUGUUGUUGAAUCGGAAUCAAAAUUAGCUCGAGUUCUUAAUGUUUUCGAUCUAACAGCUUUGGGAGUGGGCAGUACAUUGGGUCUUGGGGUUUAUGUUUUGGCUGGUUCGGUGGCCUUUAAUAUUGCUGGUCCAGCAGUAACACUUUCAUUUUUGAUAGCAGCUGUAGCCUCAGCAUUUGCUGGUAUUUGUUAUGCUGAAUUUGCUGCAAGAGUACCUAAAGCCGGCAGUGCUUAUGUUUAUAGUUAUGUGACAAUUGGAGAAUUUGUGGCCUUUACUAUCGGCUGGAAUAUGAUAUUGGAAUAUAUUAUAGGUACCGCCUCGGUGGCUCGUGGUUUUAGUGGUUACUUUGAUUCAUUGAUUGAUAGAAAUAUGUCGAAAGCUUUAGCAGAAGCAGUACCCAUUAAUGUUGGUUUCUUAGGAGACUAUCCUGAUUUUUUGGCUUUUGGUUUGAUAUUGAUAUUAACGGGUUUAUUGGCAUUUGGUGUUAAGGAGUCAAGUUUUCUUAAUAACAUUUUUACAACAGUUAAUAUGUUGACCAUUUUAAUUGUGAUUAUAGCUGGAAGUAUUUAUGCUGAUAGUUCUAACUGGUCUAUACCCCAGGACAAAGUACCAGAAGGCUUUGGUACGGGUGGCUUUAUGCCUUUCGGUGUGGCUGGUGUUAUGGCAGGAGCUGCCAAGUGCUUUUUCGGUUUUGUAGGCUUUGAUGGUAUAGCUACUACCGGCGAAGAAGCCAUUAAUCCCAAACGUAACAUUCCUUUGGCCAUUAUUAUUUCCCUCAUUAUUGUUUUCUUGGCUUACUUUGGUGUUUCUACGGUUUUAACUCUAAUGGUGCCCUAUUUUGAACAAGAUCGUAAUGCUCCCUUCCCGGCUGCCUUUGAUGCUGUUGACUUAAUCUCUGUUAAAUGGAUUGUUACUGGAGGUGCUAUUUUUGCCUUGUGCACUUGUUUGUUGGGUGCCAUGUUCCCCUUGCCUCGUGUUUUGUAUGCUAUGGGUAGUGAUGGCAUUCUCUUCAAGAAGUUAUCCAAUGUCAACGAUUACACCAAAACUCCUUUAAUAGCCACUAUUAUAUCUGGUUUAUUUGCUGCUACUAUGGCCUUGAUAUUCGAUUUGGAUCAAUUGAUUGAUAUGAUGUCUAUUGGUACUCUCAUGGCCUAUAGUAUUGUGGCCAUUUGUGUACUAGUUUUACGUUAUGAGGAUGAGGGCAUGUCAACGGAUGUAACUCUUAAUUUACCCACUAUUAUUAAACAACUUUUCAAUGGUAAUUCCUUUAGAGAACCCAAUUGUUUAAGUUCUGCCAUAACAAAAAUUGGUGUUGUGGUCUUUGGUUUGAUUUGUAUUCUAUGGUGCAGUUUGGAUAAACUCUAUACAUUUGGCUCUACCAAUAGUAUAAUUGCCUUAAGCGUUUUAGGCCUUGUAUUAAUAGUGAUUUUAAUAAUAAUUGCCUGUCAACCAGUCUCCAUGGUAGAGUUGACAUUUAAAGUGCCACUAGUACCGCUAAUUCCCUGCAUGAGUGUUUUUGCUAAUCUCUAUCUGAUGUUCCAAUUGGACAUUAAUACUUGGAUUAGAUUUCUCAUAUGGCUGGGCAUUGGUUAUAUCAUAUAUUUUGUUUAUGGCAUACGACACUCUACACAGAUCACCAGAAACAAAAAUCAUGCUGAGGCUGCCAAGAAGGUGCAAUUUACAAAUAUGGCCUUCGAACCUGACUGGAAAUUAGAGAAUGGUAAAGUUGAAAGUGCAAAAUUAUAAGCACAACAUGAGCAGUGUCUAGGAAAGGCAUUCUUCUCUGGCUAAAUACUCUCAUUCUCUCAGUUAUAAACAUGUACAUAGAAUUUAAUUAAUUAAGUUUCUACAUUAAGUUAAACUUAAGUUAAACAUAGUUUUGAUAAUGUUUUUUUUUACAAAAAAUUAAUAGUAUUAAACCUUUAAGUAUUAAGAAAUAUUUGCACAAAUUUAGAAUUAGUCAGUGGCAAUGUUGUGUUCCAAAAUUUGCUUCAACUUUGAAAAAUUUUUACAGACAUUUUCUAUUAAAAGAAUGGGGAACAUUUUCUAUAGAAAUGUUUUCUCUGUAAAGUUUUCUUAAUUUUGUCCAUCUUUCUAAAAAGUUUUCUCUUAAAUUUCAACAAGUUUUCUCUCUAAUUUGAGGAAUUUUUUUAUUAAAUGUUUACUCUAAUUUGAGCAAAUUUUC